AUGAGUGAUACAUUCGGUACUAUGAGCGGUGAAUCAUUUGAUGAUGACACCCAAAACUACUCUAAUUCAGAUGUCACUUCUUCUAAUACUGAGCAUCAAACAAAUGCACAUAGCCAAAGCUUGCUUUUUCCAUCUGAUAGCCUUCCUUCACAAUCACUUUCUAAUGUUUCUCAUAUGCAACUAAAUCUAGACCAAGAUGAAAAUAAUACCAGCCUAGGCUAUUUUAAAGCUAAUGAUAAAGAUUCAGACGGUAGAGAAAAUGAAACAGCAUCGUCACAGAUGGAUCAAUAUCUUGAUGAUGUAUUUUUUCAAGGUGAGGAAGCGCAAUUGCAGAAUAAUAUUAAUCAACCCAAACAAAACAAAUUGGUGGAUAAAAAACCAAUUAAUUCUAAGUAUAAGGUGGGUAUAGAACGUUUACCAUUGCAAAGAGAAUUUGUUACUGCUAAGAAGGGCGGACAUUUCACGAUUAUGGUGGUCGGACAAACCGGAUUAGGUAAGACGACUUUUGUAAACACAUUGUUUCGGACGUCAUUACUACCUAGUGUCUGGGACACCUUGGAGAGCGCUAGUGCCAACGUCUUCUUCAAGAAGACCACCAGAAUUAUCCGCCACCAGGCAUUGAUUGAAGAGAAUAAUAUUAAAUUAAAACUUACGGUGAUUGACACGCCAGGCUUCGGAGACAAUAUUAACAACUCCUUCGCCUGGUCACCCAUCAUUAGUUAUAUUGAUGAGCAAUUUAGAUCCUACAUUUUCCAAGAGGAGCAACCUAACAGAAAGAACCUCGGCGACAAUCGGAUCCAUUGCUGUUUAUAUUUUUUGAACCCAUCUAACAAAGGAAUCUCACCUUUGGAUAUAGAGGCAAUGCAGGAGAUUUCAAAGCGUGUCAACUUAAUCCCUGUCAUUGCCAAGGCUGACUCCCUUGGAAAAAACAGCAUGAACGUCUUCAAGGAAGAAGUCAAAAAGAUUAUUAAUGCUCAGGGGAUACGGGUUUGCGCUUUCCUCGAUGAAAACGACCCCGACAGCCAAACCGUCAUCAGAGAAGCACCAUUCACCUUAGUCUGCUGCGACAGCUACGUCCUGAAGCCCAAUGGAGAGCGUGUUCGCGGCAGAAAAUACAAGUGGGGUGUAGCUGAGAUAGAAAACGAAAAACACUCCGACUUUUGUCUAUUACGGGACAUUCUUAUGUCGCGUAAUAUGGUGGACUUAGUUAUCAGCAGUGAAAAAUACUACGAAACAUGCCGUUCCCACAUGUUGAUGACUCGAAUAAACCAAGCAAAAGACGGACUAGCCGCCGAAACCAGCGAAGACAAUGUGAUAUUGAGAAACAUGAAUUACGAAGACCCUGACGCCAACGGUUUACAGAACUACAAAUGUUAUCAGAUAUAUAACAAACAGUACAUGGACGAGUUGAUCAUCGAGUGGUCCCCAGAAUUUAUCCACAAACAAUGGGAGGCCAAGAAGAGAUUCAAUGAAAUAGUCCAUAUGGAAGAAAAGAAGUUUAAGGACUGGAAGCGGGCAUUGAUGUUCAAGCAGACUAACUUCAACACCGAAAUCGAGGACUUACAUAAUCGCGUCAAGAACCUACAGAUCGACUGCGAAGAAUUGGAAUCAAUCCUUCUACAAUCUGGUGGGGGUAACACUGCAGGGCUAAAUAGCAAGCGCUUGAGCAAGCACGACUUACUUCCAUGA